GGAAUCCCUCAUGUGUGUGUACACGGCACGGCUUCCAUGAUUAACGGAGGCGCUCCCCGGAGCUUCUUUCAGGAUGCAGAGAUCACCUGUGGAUGAUGCCGGCUUCCUUUCCAAAUACUUUUUCUGGUGGACAAGCCCUAUUAUGCGAAAGGGUUUUAGGGAAAAGCUAAAGCCAUCAGAUGUGUAUCAAGCUCCAUCAAAGGAUGCUGCAGACGUCCUUGCAGAACGUCUGGAAAAAGAAUGGGACAGAGAAGUUAUAUCUGCGAAGAAAAAACCCAGCCUCUUCCGAGCACUUUCCCGAUGCUUCAUUCGACCAUUUUUGUUAUUUGGAGUUCUUCUCUAUUUUGGGGAAGCCACAAAGACAGUCCAGCCGCAGCUCCUGGGCCGAAUUAUCGCCUCAUUCGACCCCUACCAUGAACCAGAACGAGAACAGGGCUACUUCCUGGCCCUAGGCCUAGGCCUACUGUUUAUCACCCGCUUCCUCCUGCUGCAACCCGCCAUGUUCGGCCUGCACCGUCUGGGCAUGCAGAUUCGCAUUGCCCUAUUCAGCUUAAUUUAUAAAAAGACACUAAAGCUGUCCAGCAGUGUGUUAGACAAAAUAAGUACAGGGGAGCUGGUCAGCCUGAUGUCAGCCAACCUGGGCAAGUUUGAUCAGAAUCUGGGCAUGGCCCAUUUCGUAUGGAUCUCUCCUUUGCAGUGUAUCCUGUGUGUGGGAUUUAUUUGGGAGCUGAUACAAUUCAACAGCUUCUGUGCCCUUGCUGCAAUUUCUCUGCUGGGAGUCAUCCAGGCUUGUCUUUCUCAUAAAAUGGGACCUUACAAAGCACAAAGGGUACAGCUUACAAAUAAGCGUCUUGCCCUGACCUCGGAGAUUAUGGAGAAUCUGCACUCAGUGAAAGCCUAUGGCUGGGAGGAGAUCAUGGAGACCAUCAUCAAGAAUAUCAGACAGGAUGAGGUCAAGCUAACCCGGAAGAUCGGCUCGCUGCGCUACUUCUACAGCUCUGCCUACUUUUUCUCCGCUAUAUGGGUGAUCGUGGCAGCAGUGCUUCCCCAAGCCCUCACCACGGGCAUCACUGUGCGACGUAUCUUUACUACUCUCUCAUACUGCAUGGUACUGCGCAUGACCAUCACUCGCCAGCUGCCUGCGUCCAUCCAGAUGUGGUACGACACCAUCAGACUUAUCUGGAAAAUUGAGGAUUUUCUUAGCAAAGAAGAAUACAAGCUGAUGGAGUAUGACCUCAGCAUUACAGACAUGGAACUUGAAAACAUCACAGCUUCCUGGGACGAGGGUAUUGGUGAACUCUUUGAGAAGAUUAAACGAGAAAACAAAGCAAAUGAUUAUUCAAAUGGAGAUGGACUCUUCUUCACCAACCUGUACGUGACACCUGUGCUUAGGAAUAUAAGCUUGCACUUGGAGAAGGGUGAAAUGUUGGCAGUGGCUGGAUCCACAGGAUCCGGCAAGAGCUCCCUCUUAAUGACCAUCCUGGGUGAGCUGGUCCCUUCCUCAGGAAAAAUCCGACAUAGUGGUCGUGUCUCCUACUCCUCCCAGACUGCCUGGAUCAUGCCUGGCACCAUAAGAGAGAACAUCCUGUUUGGCCUGACCUAUGAAGAAUACCGCUAUAAAAAAGUUGUUAAAGCAUGUCAACUAGAGGAGGACCUGGCCACUCUACCUGAGAACGAUAGGACGCCUUUGGCAGAGGGAGGAAUGAACCUGAGUGGGGGACAGAAAGCUCGGGUCACCCUAGCCAGGGCUGUGUACAGAGAUGCCGAUACCUACCUGCUGGAUGCACCGUUCACACACUUGGAUAUUGCUACAGAGAAAGAGAUAUUUGACAAGUGUCUCUGCAGGCUCAUGGCCUCAAAGAUCCGCAUUGUGGUCACAAACAAGAUUGAGCACCUAAAACGGGCUGAUAAAAUCCUGCUGCUGCACAACGGUGAGUCUUUUUUUUACGGCACCUUUUCAGAGCUGCAGUCAAGGAAGCCCGAUUUUAGUUCUUUGCUGCUGGGUCUGGAGGCCUACGACAACAUUACUGCUGAACGUCGCUGCUCCAUCCUUACCGAGACACUACGCAGAGUAUCUGUGGAUGAAACUUCAGGGAUGCGUCCUGAUCGUCCCUCCUACCGACAGGUGGCCCCUCCUACUUACAAAGAUGAGAGGAAGGCUUCAGUGAUCGUCAACCCACUGGCCACUGACCGCAAGGCUUCAGUGAUCAUCAACCCACUGGUUGCUGACCGUAGGGCUUCAGUGAUCAUCAACCCACUGACAGCUGACCGUAGGGCUUCAGUGAUCAUCAACCCACUGACAGCUGACCGUAAGGCUUCCUUCAUUCAGGUGAUCGAAGAAGAGGGCAAGCGGCCACUGCCUGACCGCAAGUUCUCCCUUGUGCCUGAGAAUGAGCUGGUGGACGAGUCGUACAUGGGAAAUGAUAUGUAUCACUACCACGGUGUGCACAUGGCAGGCCAGAGAAGGCAGUCUGUGCUUGCCUUUAUGACUAACACACAGGGUCUUGGUAGACGUGACCAGUUCCAGACUUCCCUCCACAACCGCCUGUCCAUUGUGCCCCAGAGUGAGCUGGCCUCCGAGCUAGACAUUUAUACCCGUAGACUGUCCAAAGACAGUGCCUAUAACAUCACUGGGGAAAUGGAUGAGGAGAAUAUUGAGGCAUGCUUUGCAGAUGAACAAAUAGAGGAUGCUUUUGAAACCACAAACUGGAACACGUAUGUAAGAUAUGUGUCAACCAACAAAAGUCUCACAUAUGUUCUUAUCUUCAUCCUCAUCAUUUAUGCUAUUGAGGUGGCUGGAUCUGUUGUUGGGAUUUUUCUAAUAACUGAUGAGAUCUGGAAAAAGGAGAACCCCAGCCAAAAUGCCACAAGGCAAACCAACUCAUCACUACCUGGCACAGAGUAUGCCGUCAGUAUCCCACCCAACAGCAGCUAUUACAUCAUUUACAUCUAUGUAGCAACCUCGGAGAGCAUCUUAGCGCUGGGGUUUUUUCGGGGACUACCUCUGGUCCACACCAUGAUCACUAUAUCCAAGAAACUGCAUCAAAAAAUGUUGAGUUCUGUAAUAAGGGCACCAAUGUCUGUCCUCAACACCAUGAAGACAGGUCGUAUCAUGAACAGGUUCACUAAGGACAUGGCUACUAUAGAUGACAUGUUGCCUCUGCUAAUGUUUGACCUUGUUCAGCUAACACUGGUGGUGAUGGGAUGUAUUCUGGUGGUGUCCAUCAUGAGGCCAUACAUUUUUCUCGCGGCUACACCCUUGGCCCUUGUCUUUAUUGUGAUGAGGAAGUACUUUCUGCGCACAGGUCAACAGCUGAAGCAAAUGGAGACAGAGGCUCGUAGUCCCAUAUUUUCUCAUCUCAUCAUCUCACUGAAAGGACUAUGGACAAUCCGGGCCUUUGACCGGCAGGCAUACUUUGAAACUCUGUUCCAUAAAGUCCUCAACACUCAUACAGCUGUCUGGUUCCUCUACCUUUCCACCCUGCGCUGGUUCCUUUUCCGUGCUGACAUCAUCUAUUUCUUCUUCUUCACGUUGGCUGCCUGGAUUGCAGUAGGAACCAACCAGGAUAAACCGGGUGAGAUUGGUAUCAUUAUAGCUCUGGCGAUGCUCAUUUUAGGCACCUUUCAGUGGUGUGUCAUCACCAGCAUUGCAGUGGAUGGAAUGAUGCGUUCUGUGGAGCGUGUCUUUAAGUUCAUUGACCUGCCAUCUGAGGAGCCUAAACCUGGGCUGGGCCAGAGAAAGGCCUCGACCCUGGUCAUUGAGAACCCAGAGGUCUGCACGGACACUUGUUGGCCAAGCCAAGGGCAGAUGGACGUUUGCAAUUUAACUGUCAAAUACACAGAGACAGGACAUGCCGUGCUUAAGAGUCUCUCUUUCAGCGUGGAAGGUGGACAGAAGGUUGGCAUAUUAGGCAGGACAGGUUCUGGGAAAAGCACACUAUUUAAUGCACUCCUGCGUCUGGCCUACACAGAUGGAGACAUGUCUAUUGAUGGCGUCUCCUGCUGCAACAUGUCCUUACAAAAAUGGAGGAAGGCUUUUGGUGUGGUGCCUCAGAAAGUUUUCAUCUUUACUGGAACAUUUCGGAUGAACCUGGACCCAUAUGGAUGCCACAGUGAUAAAGAGCUGUGGAAGGUUACUGAGGAGGUAGGGCUUAAGUCAGUAAUUGAGCAAUUUCCAGAUAAACUGGAUUUCCAGCUGGAAUACGGUGGUCACGUGUUGAGCUACGGCCACAAGCAGUUGAUGUGUCUUGCUCGAUCCAUUCUAAGCAAGGCCCGCAUUCUGCUGCUGGAUGAACCGAGUGCCCACCUCGACCACAUCGCUGUGAAGGUACUGAAAAAGACGCUAAGGCAGUCUUUCUCCUCCUGCACUAUCUUACUGUGUGAACACAAGGUGGAACCGCUGCUCGAGUGCCAGUGCUUCCUGAUGAUGGAACAAGGCAAGGUAAAGACUUAUGACUCAAUCCAGCGCCUGUUGAAUGAGACCAUUCAGCUGAAACAAGCCAUAAGUCCAGCUGAGCGACUCAAACUUUUCCCGCGCCGCAACUCCAGCAUGCGUGUGCCGCAGCCCAAACUUAGCUCCGUCACACUCACACUGCAGGAGGAGACCGAGGACGACAUCCAGGACACUCGUCUCUAAGAAACAGUCAAUCAGACACUACAAAGACUCAGGCUCCAUAAGCUCCUCUUACUUAGGACUGUACAAAAUAUCCUCAUUUUACACACACAUUCUGAAGUGUUUUUUUUUUUUUUUAUCAUGUGUGCUGAUGAUCUAGAAUACAAUUGUGGUACAAAACAUGAACAUUGUUUUAGAUAUGCAAUAAAUAUAAUUUAAGGUACUACUGUACAUAGACAUUCAUAACAGGAGACAGUGGGAUCAGGAAGUCAAUCCUAUUGUAAAAAGGUAAAAAAUAUACUUUUAUCAUGCUGUUCCUCCCAGUGGCCUUUACAGAUCAUGUUUCAGAGCAAACAGUUGUAAAUCUUAUUAACCUAUUUAUUGUCAGUCCACAAGCCACAGACUUAUACGCCAAAAUGUGCUUUUGUAAAACACAUGAACAAGUUAUAUUUUUAUACUUAGAAAUUUUAUUCAGCUACUAAUGAAUUUUGCCUGAAAUAAAAUUUAAAGUGUUAGUGCUCUGAGUUUUUAUUG